UCCACGACGUAAAUCUGUAAAAUGUCGAUAUGAACGGUUAUCAGAGCGAAAGCGAAGAUAAUUCCCCUAAACCUCAUCGAGUUUGUUGCUUAAUUGAAGACAAAGAUAGGUGUAAGAGAUUGGCAGGACAUGCUUGUUAUUCAAAGAGGAUUCAAAAAACUGUAGCUCAAAAGAAACUAAAACUUGCAGCUGCUGAAAGUGCCGGGCAUAUUUAUAUUUGCGGCUAUCAUAAGGACAUGAUUCAAAGUGCUCGAAAUAAACGUAAACGCAAGGACUCAGAAGACGAGAUAGAUCGUGAAGAAGUGGACGUGAGUGUACUGCAAACAAGUACAUUGCGAAGAUAUAAGAGGCAUUUUAAACUGCAAACACGACCUGGUCUGAAUAAAACUCAGUUAGUAGAGACAAUUAGCCGACAUUUCAAGACAAUUCCAGCACCAGAGAGGGAAACCAUUUCACUCUUUAUUUAUAUGGCAAAAACAAGAAAAAGUAAACUUGAUCAAAAAGCAGACAAUGGUUAAAGUAUAUCUAGUAUCAUGCAAUAUACAUAGAAUAUUUUAGUGAUAUGUAUUAAAGUUAAUAGUUUGUUAACCUACAUUGAUUGUGUGAAGAUAAAUGAUGCAAAUUAUAGAACCAAUUGUGGACUAAUUUAAUAAUGAUAGGUGAGGGUGACCAGUUUGUAGAUAAGCAUAGUCCUUCACCAGAACUUGAUUAAGAAAGACAAAAUGUGAUUAUAUGUACAAUGUAAAUAUACAAACUUUAUACAAUCUCGUGGUUCAACUGUUUUACCUUACAAUUGAUAUUUACUCAUUUGCCCUGCUUUAAUAGCUUCAACAAGUAUGGAAAUUAAACAGUUUAUUUGAAUAAAAA